GAAAUUCCGAGAUAAAAUUUUAAUUUACUAAUCUAAAAUCAAACGGCUCUCGGUAACAAAAUCAUACUUGCAGUCCUGGGCACCAAUUGAUCAUUCCAGAGGUAGAGGAGAGUGAAAGAGAUGGCAGGAGGGCAUGGAGAGGGCAUCAAUUACAAAGGCUUGACUAUGCAUAAGCCAAAGCGAUGGCAUGUAGUCACUGGAAAGGGCUUGUGUGCUGUCAUGUGGUUUUGGGUACUUUACAGGGCGAAGCAAGAUGGCCCUGUAGUAUUGGGCUGGAGACAUCCGUGGGAGGGCCAUGGUGACCAUGGCCAUGAGAGUGGACACUAGGUAUUCACUGGUGGGGUCGUUGUGCUCUCAUGAUCUGUAGACUGUAGCCCAUUUAUGGAAGUGGCAUGCUGCAACAUCUCAAGCACUGGAUUGAAAAACAAAAAAAUAGUUGUCAAUCUUAUCUUUUAACAAGACAAAAAAAAAAAAAAAAACCACGAGUUAGAAACAAAUAUCAUAAUUUGUCUCCCAACAUCAUGCAUAUAGUUGUUAUUUAGUUUUCUGUUCUUUGCUUAACCUCAGUUCUUCAUUAGAAAGUGAACGUUCAGUUUAAUUUGGUGGUCACUACUUAUGCAUGUCAUAGCUAUUUCUAGUUAUCUGACAUUCUUGACAAGCAUUUUGUUUUCGUCCUCA